GAAAAUACUUUUUUGAUAAAUUACAAUUUUUUGGAAAUGCCUACAGCAGUUUUGUGUUCUUUACUGACAGGUAUUUGUGGUGUAGUAGAAAUCCAUUACAAUAUAAAUUAUUCUCAUACCUACAAUUGGACUGAGAGAUGGGCAUUAAUAACUGUCGAUUCGGCAUUGCUCGUUCUCUUACAUGCUGGAAUGGCGUUUGCUUUAACAUGA